AUGCGUUUUGAUGCUUUGUUUUAUCUGUCCUUCGCUGGACUUGUUGCAUCUGCAGCUAUUGAUAUUCGAAAGGUCGGUGAUGAAGCCCAUAUGAAUCAUCGUCGCACUCCCCAGUUAGGCCUAGGCGGCCUUCUGGGCACCCUUGGGGGCUUGGGCGGUGCUCUCGGUGCUCCGCAGGCAGGACCUCCAAAUGACCCUGCAGGGGCCGGGGCUCUUCCGAAAAUGGACAAAGACGAAAACCCAAGUCCUACUGGGAUGGCAAGCGAAACAGGGGCAGCUGCUCAGGAAACGGGUGCUCCGAAUCCUACUGCCACAGCCGAAACCCAGGCAGAGAGUCCAGCACCAACCACAGAGAGCGCGCCCAUGCCAAAUUCACCUGAGGCAAGCCAAUCUGCCGAGAGGCCUAUGCCGUCGAUGUCACCCAGUGGCCACCGUGAUGAUGAAGUCCAACCAAUGACCCCCCAAGAGCAGCCACAAACCAUGGGAGAUAAGCCAAAGGUGACAAUGGAAGACCAGCCAACACAGACUAUGACUGACGACCAGAAUCAGCCGCAAACCAUGGGAGACAAGCCAAAGAUGACGAUGGAAGACCGGCCAACACAUACUAUGACUGAUGACCAAAAUCAGCCGCAAACAAUGGGUGGUCAGUCGACACAGCAACAGAGCAUGGCCGAACAGUCGAAUAAUCCAGAAUCCAAUGGUACCGAGACAACAGCUAUGCCUGAAUCUGAAGGUGAAAGUGCGCCAAUGCCAACCACCAGUGCAGAGACUGUUGCUAGUGGAUCUCGCCCACAGGUGUCUGCUAUGUCAGGGCGCCAUCCCCGUCCUUCAGCCCUUCAGUCUGGAAAGAUGCCGGCAAAACAGUCUAUGACUCCAGCGGCCACUGCCUCUCCCACUGCCACGCCCCCUGCCCCAUCGGUAAUGGAUCUACUUGCAGAUGACGACCAGGAGAAGCAGAUAGAAGGUACGGCAAAGGCAUCAUUCAAAAGUCCCACAAAAUCGUCUCCUUCUGCCUCUGCCGCUAGUGAAAAACCCGCUCCUACAUCCUCCUCAUCACCUUCUCAAGUUAAUACUCAAGCACAACCAUCAUCGUCAUCGACGAUGGAUUCAUUUCUCUAG